AUGUAUAUAUGUAUAGUGGUGGCCAUUUUUGGCCAUGACUGUGCCCCCAAGACUCUUCUAGUUAGCGAAGUUGGGAAACAAGCAAAGUCUGCCCCUCCUGUUGCACUACAACUGUGGGGGAAGCACCAAUUUGUCCUUGGCAGACCUCAGGACUUGCAGAUAGGCAUGUAUUCCAACAUGUCAAAUUAUGAGGUCAAGUCAAAUGAUCAGGCUAGGGUUGUUCGUGGGUUUCAGAUCAAACUAGGCAAGGUGAGUCGACUCAUCUACAUGAUUACGUCUCGGAAUGCAGAUGAGAUGUCUGACUUCACGUUACGUGUCCAGGUGAAAGAUGACGAGGAUUGCAUCCUUGCACAAUUUUGUGUUCAGACACCACAGCCACCGCCUAAAACCGGGAUACGGAACAACGGCCAGAGGCGGUUCUUAAAGAAAAAGGAAGUUGAUAAAAUAAUUCUGUCUCCUCUGGCAAUCACCUCCAAAUACCCACAGUUUCAGGAGCGUUGCAUUACCAACUUGAAAUUUGGCAAACUGAUCAAAACAGUUAUCAGGCAGACCAAGAAUCAGUACUUGCUGGAAUAUAAAAAAGGCGAUAUUAUCGCCUUAUUUAGUGAGGAGAAGAUCAAACUCAAAGGACAACUAUGGACUAAAGAGUGGUACAUUGGAUAUUAUCAGGGAAAGAUUGGGCUUGUACAUGUAAAAAAUGUGCUUGUCUUGGGAAAGGUUAAGCCUAUUUACUUCUGUGGGCCAGACCUUACAACCACAAUGCUGAUGGAACAAAUCCUGAAGCCCUGCAAGUUUCUCACUUAUAUUUACGCCUCUGUGAGGACAAUACUUAUGGAAAAUCUGGGAAACUGGCGAGCAUUUGCUGACGCUCUGGGUUAUGUGAAUCUUCCUUUGACAUAUUUUUGCAGAGCAGAGCUGGACAGUGAACCAGAGAGGGUUGCCUCCGUGCUGGAGAAACUAAAGGAAGAUUGCCUCAACAUGGAGACUAAGGAGAAAAAAUCUUUUCAGAAGGAACUGAUGAUGGCUCUUUUGAAGAUCGAUUGUCAGGGUUUGGUGGCCCGACUCAUUAUGGACUUCGUGUUGCUGACGACGGCAGUGGAAGUGGCACCUCGCUGGAGGGAGCUCGCCGAAAAACUCGCCCACGUAUCCAAGCAACAAAUGGAGGCCUAUGAGGCUCCACACAGAGACAAAACUGGGAUGGUGGACAGUGAGGCCAUGUGGAAACCAGCCUACGACUUCCUGUUGACGUGGGCCGCUCAGAUUGGCGACAGUUACCGCGAUGUCAUUCAUGAACUGCACAUGGGCCUGGACCGAAUGAAGAAUCCAAUCUCCAAACGCUGGAGGCACCUCACCGGCACCCUGAUCCUUGUCAAUUGCCUCGACUUGCUUCGAAGCUCCGCCUUUAGCUCCGCCCCUCAGGAUGACUGUGCCAUUUAGCUCCACCUCCUCACAAUUAAGUUUCGACAUCACCUCAGAACUUUUAACGGACACACACUUUUCUACGUCACCAUCAGCUGUGAGUUUACCUCAAUUCAAUAGCCGUGAGGACUUCCUGUAUCUGUCCACGUCCAUAUAAGAGCAUGCGGAAAGCCAAAACACAGAGUGUUUCAAGUGUAGCUAUUUUUUUAGAUUUCUGAAGGCGUUUUUAUCAGUUUUCUUCUUUGUGAUAUCUAUAUUUUUUUAUACCGGAUGGCACAAAGGAAAUUUUUACGAUCACGAACAUUUUUCAAGAACAAUUUUUUUCAUAAAAAACAGAUGACAUCUUUGUUCGUUACUGAAAACGAAGGUCUAUUUUGUGACAUCACAUUUAUCCAUGUUUGUCUUGGUCUGGAUGUUCUGUAUUUCAUUGCCAAAUGCUCAAGCCUUCCAUAUUUGUGAUUUUAUUCCACUGAUUUGUUCUGUGCUUGGCACAGAAGGACGGAUUAGUCUUACUAGAAACACGAAACACUACAAACUGGUUACGUGAGAGGAAGGAGCAUAUGGUGUGUUGAGAUGGUAAGUUCAGACUGUGUUUUGUCCCUUCAAGCUUCAAGCAAGUUUGCAUUUGUAUGACCAGAUAUCGUAAUACCAUUAAUACCAUGUAGGUAUUAAAUCGCAGUGUUGCUUUAGUUUCAGUUGUGAGUCACUCAUUCAGUGUUUCUGUCAA